UGUCCCUCAUCUCUGCUUAGAAAGCCAUAAAUGGACUCAUUAUCCUCAGUGAAAUGAAGAUUCAUCACAGAUUUACUCUCAGGGAGGAUAAAAGCAUCUGAAUCCAUACAUUAACCCAUGGGAGAGUUUUUAGAGUUAUUGAAACCCCUGUAGAUCUAGGCACAUUGAUGGACUGUACCACGAGGAACAAUACAAGCAGCAGUGUCUCUAAACAAGCUGGAGAAAAAUUCUGCAUGGAGAGGAUCAUCCUAGAUGAACUUAAACUAGAGGAUGUAGCACAAUGGCAGACGGAAAUCCCAGAGCCUUCUUUAAAGGAGAAGAUUUGUGACUCUCUGAGGUGCUCUGUGGGACAGUGGAGGGUUUGGAUUGUGGUGUGGAUGCCGGUUCUGUCCUGGAUCCCCUGUUAUUCCAUCCGAGAGAAUGGACUUGGUGAUCUGGUUUCAGGUGUCAGUGUGGGAAUUAUGCAUCUGCCUCAAGGUAUGGCUUAUGCUCUUUUGGCUUCUGUCCCACCUGUGUUUGGUCUCUACACCUCAUUCUAUCCUGUCCUGGUCUACUUCAUCUUCGGCACUUCUAGACACAUCUCUAUAGGAACCUUUGCUGUGAUCAGCAUAAUGAUUGGAAGCAUAUCAGAGCGAUUAGCUCCUGACGGUCACUUUCUGACCAAUGGGACUAAUGGAUCAGUGGUUGUGGACACAGAGGCACGAGAUCUACAGAGGGUGAAAGUGGCUGCAGCAACAACACUACUGUGUGGCAUUUUCCAAAUUUUGUUGGGUGUUGUUCGGUUUGGCUUUGUGGUGACGUAUCUCUCAGAGCCUUUAGUGCGAGGAUACACAACAGGAGCAGCCACUCACGUGAUCACAGCUCAACUCAAAUACAUGUUUGGAAUUUCACCCAGACGCUUCACUGGACCCCUGCAGCUGCUUUAUACUCUGGUGGAGCUGUGCGGUUUAUUACCGCAGACUCACGUUCCCACUCUGGUGGUCAGUCUGGUUUCUCUUACAGUUCUGGUCAUUGUAAAGGAGAUCAACUCCUGCAACAGUCACAGAUUACCCCUGCCCGUUCCCAUAGAGCUCAUGGUGAUCAUUGCAGGGACUCUCAUUUCUCAUUAUUCUGAUAUGAAGACUAUUAAUGGUGUCGACGUGGUGGGAGAAAUUCCCAGUGGGCUGGUGCCCCCCAGAAUGCCAGAGGUGUGUUUCUUCUCCUCAGUGGCAGGUGAUGCAUUUGCCAUUGCUGUGGUGGGAUACGCCAUCAGCAUUUCUCUGGGCAAGACCUUUGCUCUCAAACAUGGAUAUAAAGUUGACAGCAAUCAGGAGUUGGUGGCGUUGGGUCUCAGUAACACCAUUGGUGGAUUCUUUCAGUGCUACUCCGUCACUUCAUCAAUGUCUCGCAGUCUCAUUCAGGAAAGCACAGGGGGGAAAACACAGGUGGCUGGAGUAAUAUCUGCUGUUAUUGUGCUCAUUACUGUUUUGAAACUUGGUCCACUUUUUGAGGAACUGCCCACAGCUGUCCUGUCCACCAUUGUGUUUGUGAAUCUGAAAGGGAUGUUCAUGCAGUGUCGGGAUCUUCCAGCUUUGUGGAAGAGCAACAGAGUCGAUCUGCUGGUGUGGCUGGUGACGUUUCUCUGUACACUUCUGUUGAAUCUGGAUCUGGGUCUGGCAGCUUCCAUCACCUUCACACUGCUCACUGUCAUCUUCAGGACCCAGCGUCCCAGGUACUCUUUACUUGGCAGGGUUCCUGACACAGAACUGUACUUAGAAACAGAGUCAUAUAAGGCGGCUAAAGAAAUCCCAGGUAUCACCAUCUUCCGUUCUUCUACAACGAUCUACUAUGCAAAUGCCGAACUCUAUCAUGAAGCCCUGUUGGAGAAGAGUGGAAUUAAUAUUCCAAAGAGGCUUGAGCUGAAAAAUAGGAAAGAGGAAGAGGAGAAGACUGGAGUUUUGAGAGAGUUAUUGAACAGGAUGCUGGUCUCUGUGCACCACCAUAAAACUGACCACGAACACAUCAUCGAUGACAUAGCAACAGUAACCCAGGGUAACACGAACUGCGGUUUCCAAUCAGAGCAGGAUUCAGAGGAGCAGGAAUGGGACAAAACAAACACACACUCCUCCAGCUGUGAACACACACACUCCAUCAUCCUAGAUUUCAGUCCUGUCAGCUUCAUCGACACGGUCACUCUCAAAACACUCCAAAAUAUAUGUCAAGAUUUUUCCAAGGUAGAUGUCAAUGUUUACAUUUCUGGAUGUCAAGCGUGUGUAGUUCAGCAGCUGGAGCGAGGUGGAUUCUUCUCAGGGUCAGUCAAAAGACGACUUUUCCCUUCUAUCCAUGAUGCGGUGCUGCACUGCCUGUCUAACAGAGAUCCGUCCAGCUCUGAAUCUGCACUGGAAUUGCCCUGCGUCACAAGGCUGUGACCAGCUGAUGUCAGUCUGUCAAAUGACUGAUGUGGACAUUAAUAGAAGAUCCUGUUUCAGUUUCUAAUGAUACUCUGCUGUUGGAUAUUGUUAUACUGUAGCACAAAGAACCAAUCAGUCAUUUUCAGAUACACUGACAAACUCAGUCAUCUCAGUGUCAGACACUAUGCCCAUAGACCCCAGUUGCAUGUCUGACAUAAAACAUACAAGAUAAGAAACACUUCAGAAACUGAAAUGAAUUACAGGACUCUUGGUAAACUCUUGAUGCAUAUUAAAAUGAAUAAAUCAGAUAACGCAUAUUAUACAUGCAUUUACAGGAAUGUUUACAUAAUGCCUCAUGACCCUGUUGUGGUCAUAUGUUAAGAAACUUCAGAAUAUAGUCGUUAUAUAUCCUUAUAUAAAUAUAAGAUGGCUCGGUGGCUCAGUGGUUAGCACUUUCGCCUCACAGAAAGAAGGUCGCUGGUUCGAGUCCCAGCUGGGUCAGUUGGCAUUUCUGUGUGGAGAUAGCAAGUUCCCCCCGUGUUUGCGUGGGUUUCCUCCGGGUGCUUCAGUUUCCCCAAAGAUAUGCUAUAGGUAAAUUGAAAAUGCUAAACUGCCUGUAGUGGAUGAGUUUGAAUGCGAGAGUGUAUGGAUGUUUCCCUGUGCUGGGCAGUGGAAGGGCAUCCACUGCGUAAAACAUAUGCUGGAUAAGGGAAAAGUAAUGAAUGAAUAAUAAUAAUUAUUAUUAUUACUAUAUUUAUUUAUGCUAUUGUUGUGUUUUGGUAAAGUGUAUACAUACUUGCAUAACUUGAAAUUAGAAAGUUUAGUUGCUGAGCUUUAUUAUAACAGCAAAUAUGUAAAGAUUAGUUUUGGCAAGCUGCUAUGUAAAUAAAAUGGUAAGUAAAAAAAUUGGGACAAGCUCCAUGAAAUGAAUUUUA